GCGAGGCGAACGGACGGAGCGCCGCACUCUGGAUCAGAACGCCGGAUCGGAAAGAACAAACCCAAGACGUGGAGGAGCAGAUUUCUGUAGGAAAAAGUCAUUUAAGCUGAAAAAACUAGUUUUUGCACCGUGUGGUCAUGAGGAGUUGAAAAGGGAGCGCGUUUCUUCAGGCGAGCGUCUGUCGUGCUGUCGCGAGUCACUUUGCUUUACGCGUUAUUUCCGCCCAGAUGUUAGUGCACGCAUAUUCCUCCACGGACCGCCACGAUGGGGUACCGAGCCACAGUUCAAGACUUUCCCAGCUGGGUUCGGUCUCUCAGGGACCGUACUCCAGCGCCCCACCGCUCUCUCACACACCUUCCUCGGACUUCCAACCGCCGUACUUUCCGCCGCCGUACCAGCCUCUGCCGUAUCACCAGAGUCAGGAUCCGUACUCACACGUCAGUGACCCGUACUCUCUGAACGCUCUUCACCAGCCCCAGCAGCACCCGUGGGGCUCCAGGCAGCGGCAGGACUUGCAGGGCACGGAGAGCGGAGGUUUACUGCCGCAGCCCCGAGCCUCUUUACCGCAGCUCUCGGGUCUGGACCCCCGGCGGGACUACUCGACCGUGCGCCGGCCGGACGUGCUUCUCCACUCCACACAUCACGGGCUCGAUGCGGGAAUGGGAGACGGUCUGUCCCUUCAUGGCCUGGCGCACGGCAUGGAUGAUGUGCAGGCUGUGGAGGACAUCAAUGGCGCGAUGAAUAUUCUGGAUCAGUCCGUCAUUAAAAAAGUUCCAGUUCCCCACAAAAGCGUCGCUUCUCUGAUGAUGAACAAAGACGGAUUAAUCGGAGGGAUCUCCGUGAACGUCAACGAGGUCUUCUGCUCGGUGCCCGGCCGCCUGUCUCUUCUUAGCUCCACAUCCAAAUAUAAAGUGACUGUUGGAGAGGUCCAGCGGCGCCUCUCUCCGCCGGAGUGCCUGAACGCGUCUCUGCUUGGCGGGGUUCUGCGAAGAGCGAAGUCAAAAAAUGGCGGCAGAUCACUGAGGGAAAAGCUGGAGAAAAUCGGCUUGAAUUUGCCCGCGGGGAGACGCAAAGCAGCGAAUGUCACUUUACUGACGUCUCUAGUAGAAGGAGAAGCUGUUCAUUUGGCUCGGGACUUCGGCUACAUUUGUGAAACUGAGUUUCCCACAAAAGCCGUGUCUGAAUAUCUGAACAGACAGCACACAGAUCCAAACGAACUGCACUCGCGAAAGAACAUGCUGCUCGCCACAAAGCAGUUGUGUAAGGAGUUCACGGACCUGUUGGCUCAGGAUCGCACUCCUUUAGGGAACUCUCGGCCUUCGCCCAUCCUGGAGCCAGGAAUUCAGAGCUGCCUGUCACACUUUAGCUUCAUCACGCAUGGUUUUGGUUCUCCAGCCAUCUGCGCCGCCCUCACGGCUUUGCAGAAUUACCUGACUGAAGCCCUUAAAGGCCUCGACAAGAUGUUCCUGAACAACCCCACUCCCAACCGACACACACCUGCAGACGGCUCCAAAGGCGGAGAGAAAGAGGAAAAACACAGGAAAUGAACUGUGGAAAUACGAUAAAGGAAGCAGAGAUGUUCAGAGAUUCUAUAAACUCUAGUUUUAUGACAUUGCGUUUUGCAUUCUGGGUGGAGAGCGGAUCAUGGGAAAACUAAAGGAACGAUACGAUACGAUACAAUAAAGACUGGAGGACGCGAGUCUGCUGAGACACCAUCUUCAUCUCAUUUGUGCGCGAGUGUGAAAACAUUUGAGGAGAGAGUGCGUGUGUGUUUUUGUGUAUAAAAGUACCACAUUUUACACAACGUCAGACGCAGGCUGUCCUUCACACACAUGCUCAUGAAUCUAAUAUUUGAGUGUAAUGGCCAGCGCUUUGGAGGACAGGUUUGCUUGGAAUAUUGGUGGAGACACUUUUUAACUACUAUAUUUAAUUACACGUAUUACUAUACAAAACUAUUGGUGCAAAGGUCUGCGAUAUUUAAGUACAUUCAAGUUUUGCCAAAAAUACCGCUGCAGUAAAAAAUAAAUUCACACAAUCAUCUUCAGAUCAUAAAGGAAGUAAUGGUCCUGAAAAGGAGAUACAGUAUUCAGUAUACAGAGAUUUUAUUGCAUUUAUUAAUAUAUGCGGAUGAUUGAAAUGGAGUGUUUGCCAAAAAGAGGAUGUAGAUGUCCAACAAGGCAUAUCUGGUAUUGUGACAAAUAUUCACCAUAGCCUGGCAUUCCCAUAAAAAAAACACACACACACACACACACACACACACACUUCACAUAAUCAUUGAAAUUAAGUCUUAUUCAUAUACAGAUUACAAGCCAAAUUUUACAACUCUAAAACUUUCCAUUCUCCUCAAAAACAUCUCUGGCAAUAUCCAGAUUAUCUUGUCCACAGAAAUGCAAGAGUUAAACUGUAUGUUUUGGUUGUAUCUUAUUUUAAACUGCUAAUGCUUGUGCUGUCUUGGCCAUUUGGAUAUUUUCAGUACGUUUCUUUAUUAUGGUAAUCAGCUCAAUGCAAUCACGACUGAUAUUUCAUCUAUUGCUUUUGUAUUUGUUUUUCAAAUAUAGCAUUUACACCGAACUAAACCAACGGAGACGAAGCUUAAAUAGUGUUUAUUUGUUUUACAUCCCUGCAUCAGCUGGAUUGAAGCUUGCUUGGACCGUGGUGUUGAAAAAAAAAUGGACAUAAAAAUGGGAUAUAUGCGUUUGCUUAUCGGCUGCACAGGUGACCGCGCGUGCUGGAACACGGCCACGCGCAGCCUUUCCGCGCACACCUCAGCCGGAGCGAGGGCGCGCUCUCUCAAUAAGCUGGAUUAUAGCCUGUCUGUCAAAGUUAAUAUUUGGUUACCUGUGUGCGGAAGGUUCUUUUAUUUAUGUUUGUAUAUAUUUAUUUAUGCUUAAUUUAAUGGGCGUUUGUACAUAGGAAUAGACUGGGUCGUCUAUCUGUGACUGUCUCUGUGCGUGGGUGAACGCUUGUUUUAGAUAGCAUCUUGUAUUUUUUAUUUCUUUUUGUUUCAUAGAUACGGUGUUAUGUGGUGAAGGCUAGAAGUUGGUUCUUGUCUGGUGAUUUUCAUUUACCUCGAAAUAAGAAUAAAUCGUGUUUUAUUGUA